AUGCUUUUAUUGAAUACUAGAAGAUUGCCAAUUUAUGCAACAUCCAAACGUUUACGUAAAGGUCCAGAUCGUGUUUGGGUGCCAGUAGGCCACUGUCGAUAUCUGUUAGAACGGGAUUUACGCACUGGCGAAAUCAAAUGGAGUCCGGAGGGAAAUGAAAUCUUAUGCACUCCACGAAGUUUAGCAGAGAUUUGCAUGGCACGUUUAAUUCGUGAUUGGCCUUGUAUGAUACCUCCUCGACGUUCAUCAUUACGUAAUAUGGUCAGUUUCCUGUUCAGUUCCCGUGAUUUACAGACCAAUACUGCACAGAAUAUGCCUUUAAAUGAAUUAUCCAUCCAAUCCUCCUAUUCACCGACCACGUCAUCAUCAACAAUAACACGAUCCGUAAGUCUAUCAUCACGUCGAACCACCUACAAUAAAAUUACCAAUGAAAUUGGCAACACCUGUGUGCAUACAACUCCGUUGACAUACCAUGAUCUACCUGUUACUGUAUUAAUCAAUCUUAUUUCUGAGGCUAUUCUACAAAGAGAUUGUGCAGCUAUCACAGGUUUAGUAGCUAAUUGGUCGUGUGAACAAUUGGUUGUUAAACAGUUAAUACCAAGUGAAGAAUAUCCACUUAUCCCAAAUUAUAUGACUAAGCCAACAUUUGUACUUGUCAGUCCAGAGAAUGAAAAUGGUAAUCGUAAUGCCUUAGUUAAAGGGCCAAGUCUACUGGAUGCUUUUAUACUGGGCUUUCUAACAAGACAACCAAAGUGUAAGCUUAAAUCUGUCGACUUCACUGGAUUUGAAGAUGACUGUCGUGUAAGUAUUGAACUGUCUCGUCUACCAAUCCUAUGGAUGAAGCCGGAGAAUCGUAAUUCAGAAAGUGUACGUAGACAUUUAAUGGCUAGUCUACACAUUGGUAUACCAAGAAAACGUCUUGAAGCAUAUUUUUCAAGAAUAUCAACUAUUUAUGCCUUUCAUGAAGCUGAUAUUGGACACGGUGAAUGGUUUGAAACAGUUACCAUCCAUUUGGAUUGUAAUAUGACAGUGGAUGAAGUUGCUCUCGGUUUAUCACUACAGACAUUGACACCAUUUCGAUUUUCAUGUAAUCGUUUAUUACUACAACGAUUACCGGAAAUUAAUUUCCCUCCGUAUAGUUUAAUACGUUUAUUUGAUCCACUGUCAAUUACGCAGUUUGAACUGGAAGAUCCUACAAUAGGAAGUAGCAUAGCUGUUGUCCUACCAUCUGCUGUUGGUUGGUUAAUCAGUUUGCGUAAUCUAAGAGCAUGUUCACUGCCAUCGUGUAUACCCCCACCACCUGAUGUUGUAUCAACAACACCGGGUGCAACCACGGCAGCAACAUCAAUAAAUUUCACAGUGGCCAAUAUGGGAAAUGUACAGUCCUCUUCCAAUUCACCUUCUCCUCAGUCGAAUUCAACUUCAUCAUCGUCAUCAUCCAGUGUUAACAACAAUACCAACAGUUCUUCUACUACAAUUACUGGUCAGAUGAUACAAAAUUUUGCAACACCUGCUUUCACCUCAACUGUUGCCGCGUGUCGAUCAUUGAACAGAGCAUUAGUAUCACUGAGAUAUUUACAAAGACUUGGAUUAGCUAGAUGUCAUUUAACUGGUCAGUUGAAAACUUUACUCGGCGGAUUAAGUCAACCUCUGGAAUAUUUGAAUUUACAAGACUGCUGUCUAGCAUCAGAGGAUAUUCACUUUUUGGUUUAUCAAUGGCGUCCAUUGCAUGGUUUAUAUGAAUUGAAUCUCUCUCGAAACAAUUUAUCUGUUGUACCCGAAGAAACUCUCUAUGAACUUGUACAAAAUGUUUGUCUGAAACCAAGAGGUCGUUUAGUUUGUCUAUCAAUUGCUUAUACGUGUUUAUCAACUGAUAGAUUGAUUGAUUUGCUGAGUCUUGUGGCUGGAAUGGAUCCAUCACAGAACCUGAAUGAAAACGAUGAACAAGAUGAUGGAAAUCCAGACAAUGUUGAUAAUAAAUGGAUGGCUAAAACCUGUACACUACGUGUUCUAUGCAUUCAGUCAUUCAUUCCACCGGCAAGGUCUCAAAUACACAGAAUAUUAUACAGAAUAACACGAUUACCGAAACUGCAUAAACUGCAUGUAUUUCCAGCUUUUUAUGCAUUUCCAGGCGACACAGAAGCUGAUCAACGUGAAUUACGCGUUAAUCAACUUUCGCACAGCCGUAAUUAUCUUCGACAAAGAUGUCGAUCAGAUAUAGAAAUACUGUGA